GGACGUCCAUUCUCAUCCACAAAGAUGUGGCAUUUAUAGAGCAGGGAAAACUGGUAGACCCACAGGGUAGGUUUAUCAUUCUGACAGGCCUCUUCAAUAACGCUCAGUACACCCUGGUCUCGACAUACUUCCCCAACACGGGAGCAGAGGUAUUUCUCCGCCGCCUUAUGCAGAAAAUUGAACAACACAAGCUAGGGGGGUUAAUCCUUUGUGGAGACUUUAAUUUUAUUACGUCUCCUGAGGAAGAUACAACAGCAGUACCCCAGGGUGUGAGGAGAAGACAAAUGGUAUCCACAUGCAAACAGCUGAACGCAAAACUUACACUACACAACUUAUACGAUAGCUGGAGA